AUGGGCCAAACGUUCAGUUUUACAAAUAUCUUUUCCAAGCUAUGGGGAGUUAAUAAGGAGAUCCGAAUCUUGAUCUUGGGUUUGGAUGGUGCGGGAAAGACUACGAUUUUAUACCGGCUUCAAAUGGGUGAGGUGGUGACUACCAAACCCACCAUUGGGUUCAACGUUGAAACGUUGAAAUACAAAAAUCUCACAUUAAAUAUAUGGGAUUUGGGCGGACAAACGUCCAUCAGACCAUACUGGCGGUGCUACUACUCGAAUACUGCCGCGGUGAUAUUCGUGGUUGAUUCUACUGAUAAGGAACGUAUCGAUAUUGCCUGUAAAGAAUUGCAUACCAUGUUGAAGGAAGAGGAGUUGUUGGAUAGUGCUUUGUUAGUGUUUGCCAACAAGCAGGAUCAAGCAGGUGCCAUGUCGGCGGCAGAAGUCUCACAGGCAUUAAAUCUUACCGAAUUAAAAGACAGAAGCUGGAGUUUACGUGCAUCAAGUGCCAUCAAAGGUGAAGGGUUGACUGAAGGUUUAGACUGGUUAAUGGAUGUGAUAAAAGAUGAACAGUUGUGA